AUGGAUACUAAACCAACACUGUCAGAAGCGGAAGAAGGUGAGAUAGUUGAUGACUCUGGAACUUUUGAUAGCGAAGAUGACAAGAGCAAACGAAACAUUGAGGAAAUGACCAAUGGAUUGGCCGCUCUUUCCGGUUCGGGUCAACAACACUCACCUGAAAGCCAGGCUACCGAAGAAUCGACAAAAGAACGCAGGCAAAGUUCCGGGAGUCACGAGGGUGACUCCGCAGUUGAAAGGGGAAAAGGUGAUUGCAGUGAGAGGGAACGUAGGCAUAGGGAAGAGCGCAAGCAUCGACACUCCAGCAAACACUCCCACAGUCACCGUCGUCAUCACGAACGUGACCGUAAUUAUCACACUCAUCACAGUCGUCGUGACUCUGAACGGAAGAAUGGACUGGAGGAGGAGGAAAAACAUCGAAAGGAGGUUCUAGGUAACAACUCGAGUUCGACCGACAAUAUGAUGAUUGAUGAAGACGAAACUCGUAGUGAUGGCUCCGCUUUUCGUGUUGAAAAUUCUGGUGCACCUUCGCGUAAACCUAAACGCAGUAGAGAAGAAUUUUCCUCUGACGAUGAAAGUUACCACCACUCAUCUUCUCGUCGUCAUUCUUCUCGUUACAAUGAACGACGGCAUAGCGUGAGUCAACGGAACAAGGAAUCUCGAGGUCGACAUGAUGAUCGAGAUUACC